AUGGUGAUGAUGAAUUCAUGGCAAGCAAGCAGUGAAGUCAGAAAAGCGGCCAAGGACUUUGUGGUUUUCCUUAACAAAGCUGUGACACCGUUUCAUGCUGUCGAGGAAAGCGCUAAUCGAUUAAGGGAUGCUGGAUUUCAAGAACUAAAGGAAUUCGAACACUGGACGAUAGAACCAUCAAAAAAAUAUUUCAUCACAAAGAACAAAUCGACAAUUUUAGCUUUCGCUGUUGGUGGAAAAUAUCGACCAGGUAAUGGAUAUUCUAUGAUUGUUGCACAUACCGACAGUCCGUCACUGAGAGUAAAGCCAAUUUCAAAAUUAUGCAGUGAUAAAUACUUACAGGUUGGCGUAUCAACUUACGGUGGAGGAAUAUGGCGAACUUGGUUUGAUCGUGACCUCAGCAUUGCAGGACAAGAUAACGCGAUCGUGCAAAAAUUGGUGAAUGUUGAUGCUCCCAUCCUUUUCAUACCAAAUUUAGCAAUUCAUCUCACUUCCGACUCUCGCAACAAAUUUGAAUUCAAUAAUGAGACAAACUUGCGACCCAUAAUCGCCACUCUUGCAACUGAAAAUCUAAAUAAAAAUGCGAAGGAAUGCUCAGCAGAUGAUGUUGGCAUUAACUCCAGUAGUGUGGUAAACGAUCAUCACAUGGUAUUUCUGAAUACAAUAGCUAGUGCAGCUGGUUGUGAACCUGAUAACAUAUUGGAUCUUGACUUAUAUCUUUAUGACCAUCAGAAGGCGGCAAUUGGAGGUGUCCAUGAGGAGUUUAUUAGUGGUCAAAGAUUGGACAAUUUAGUUGGUGCAUACACGUGUAUCGCAGGACUUCUGAACAGUGUUGCUACAGAGAAUGCACUUGCCGAUGAAGAAAAUAUUAGAUUGGCUGCUUGUUAUGAUAACGAAGAAUGUGGAAGUGAUUCAGCACAAGGCGCUGCUAGUAGCUUUACUGAAUGGGUCUUAAGACGUUUAGCAGCGGGUGAUUCACGUGCAGCAUUCGAGGAAGCAAUAGGAAAGUCAUUUAUGAUUAGUGCAGAUCAAGCACAUGCAGUGCAUCCUAAUUAUAAGGAAAAACAUGAGGAAUGCCAUAGACCAGAUCUUCACGGAGGUGUCGUAGUCAAAAUAAAUGCUAAUCAGCGUUACGCUACAACAGCUACUACACAUAGUAUUUUGAAACAAAUUGCAAGUCUGGCAGGUGUACCACUACAGAAAGUAGUGGUUAGAAACGAUAUGCCAUGUGGUUCAACGGUUGGACCCAUACUUUCUACUCGCCUAGCUAUCCAAACAGUGGAUGUUGGUUGUCCACAGCUAGCAAUGCAUUCGAUACGUGAAUUGACGAGUACAUCCAGCAUUCAUCAGGCUACUAUGCUGUACUCGGCUUUCUAUCAGCAAAUCCCGCACGUUUUGGCAUCCAUUUCAUGA